AUGGAGAAGUUCGGAUUAGCUGGUAAGCUACCAUCUUUUGGAAGGGCUACGCACAAUGCCCCUCCAAACAUGUCCAAUGUUGACAUGUCCCCUCGUCACUUGGCUGUGGCCAACUGUCCUAAUAACGCGUUCGCGCUUGCCAAUGUUGCAGCUGUGUCGCCAUCUGACUUUCCUGAUAACAUAUACGUGCUCGUCGACAAUCUCUUUGUUUUCACGACGAAGCACUCGAACGACGUGCCACCUGGCACCAUUGGCUUCAAUGGUAAUCAGAGAACUUGGGGCGGCUGGUCCCUAAACCAAGCAGUCCAAGCCAGAGCGUUUGAUCUUUUUCAGUAUAGCGGAAAACACGCAUAUCUGGGUACGUUGGAUCUCGAAAUUAGCUUUAGAUCCAAAGGAAAAGCUGUAGACACGCAAUUCGAGCAAGACGACCUUGCCAAGCAGUUUCUCAAAAACUUUGAGUCUCAGAUAUUCUCUCCUACUCAGUACCUAAUAUUCGAGUACAAAGGCCAUAUUUUUGAUAUCAAGGUCAAAGGCUUACAAACCAUCGAUCUUGGUGACGUUGAGAUUGUCACCCCUAUCUCAACAGGGAUCGAAACAAAGGGAAUUCUUAUAAAGCAGACGCAGAUAAACUACUUCAAGGGCAGAGAUGGGCUAGUAAAUUUGAAGUCCGGCAACUCUUUGAGACCGAGGUCAGAUGCUGUUAUAAGGCCUGACUUCAAGUUUGAGGACUUAGGCGUGGGAGGUCUAGACAAAGAGUUCACGAAAAUAUUCAGAAGAGCUUUUGCGAGUAGAAUCUUCCCACCAGCAGUCAUUGAAAAACUGGGCAUUUCCCAUGUCAAAGGGUUGCUUCUUCAUGGGCCUCCUGGGACAGGUAAGACGCUGAUCGCCCGGAAAAUAGGUACAAUGUUGAAUGCCAAAGAGCCAAAGAUUGUCAAUGGUCCGGAAAUUUUGAGCAAAUACGUCGGCUCGUCAGAAGAAAACAUCCGUAAUUUGUUCAAAGAUGCCGAGGCCGAGUACAAGGCAAAGGGUGAAGAGUCAUCACUACACAUCAUUAUUUUUGAUGAGUUAGAUUCUGUCUUCAAACAGAGAGGUUCACGCGGCGAUGGUACAGGUGUGGGAGACAAUGUUGUCAACCAACUGCUUGCUAAAAUGGACGGUGUAGACCAGCUCAAUAAUAUCCUUGUUAUAGGUAUGACGAACCGUAAGGAUUUGAUUGAUAGUGCAUUGCUUCGUCCAGGUCGUUUUGAAGUGCAAGUCGAAAUCCAGCUUCCAGAUGAACAUGGCAGACUUCAGAUUCUUGAAAUCCAGACGAAAAAGAUGCGCGAGAAUAACAUGAUGGCACCAGAUGUCAACUUAAAAGAGCUUGCCGCGCUCACUAAAAACUUUUCCGGUGCUGAAAUUGAGGGUCUAGUCAAAAGUGCCAGCUCUUUCGCAAUCAACAAAACUGUGAGCAUUGGGAAGGGCAGCACGAAAUUAAACCCUAAGGACAUUGCUGCCAUGAAAGUCACAAUGCAGGAGUUUCUAAGCGCCCUCGACGAAGUUACUCCAGCAUUCGGAAUAAGCGAAGAGGACCUAAAAACGUGCGUUGAGGGGGGUGUUAUUCCCUACUCUACAAGAGUGGAAGAUAUUUUAAAAAAUGGUCAGCGUUACGUGCGCCAGGUCAGGGAUAGUGACAAAUCCAGGCUAGUGUCUCUGUUGAUUCAUGGCCCGGCUGGCUCCGGUAAGACUGCUUUAGCGGCUGCUAUCGGCUUGAAGUCAGAGUUCCCUUUUAUAAGACUAAUUUCCCCGGAGGAAAUAGCCGGCAUGUCCGAGAGUGCGAAGAUUGCAUACAUCGACAACACUUUUAGGGACGCGUACAAAUCACCGCUAAAUAUUUUGGUUAUUGACUCUAUUGAGACGUUAGUCGACUGGGUACCAAUUGGCCCUCGCUUUUCUAACAACAUCCUUCAGGUUUUGAAGGUAUACCUGAAACGUAAACCCCCCAAAGAUCGCCGUUUGCUUCUCAUCUCAACAACUUCCACCUAUUCUGUUUUGCAACAGAUGGACCUGUUGAGCUGCUUUGACAAUGAAAUAGCCGUGCCUAACAUCACAAACCUUGACGAGUUCAACAACGUGAUGAUAGAAACUGAUUUCCUCGAUGAUGCCGGCAGGGUCCAGGUUCUGAAUGAAUUUUCGAGACUUGGCCUCAAGUUGAAUGUUGGCAUAAAAAAGGCGCUCACGAAUAUCGAAACUGCCAGAUUUGAUGAGAAUCCUGUCAAUGAAAUAGUGGAGUUGAUGGCGCAGUCAGUCUAA